AACGUCCGUUAUGCCACCUGAAUGGUUUGAGAAUAGAUGUUUCUUCCCUGCCUUGCAAAAGAUAAAUUUCAAUGGUAAUGUCCUUACAAAGGUCACCUUUUUGUGUAUGAAACUGGUUUCCAUUGGAUUUUUAUGACCCAUUACUUCGACGUUUAUCCGCUUUGAAUUUAUAUUUUAUUCUUUGAGAAACAGUCCUGCAAAGGUUUGGGCUAAGUAAGUGGAUUGGAUGUAAAAAGUCUUAAUGUUUUAUGUGAAACAGAAUUAGGACGAAGCUUCAGCCCGCGGAACUCGCGCAUGCGCAAUCCAGCUUUAGUGAAGAUAAUGACGGCCAUUUGGCUUUGUUGAAAAAAUUACGGUAAAUUCCAGCAAAAUAUCGUCUUUGACAGAUAUGCAUUAGUAACCCCCUGUCGUGUAUCUGGUUUUUGCCGUUUUCAGUUAUUGGGCUACAAAGACCAGCAACAUGAAUGGUGAAUCAGCUAACAAGUUCAUCUCUGCUUUGGUGAAGUCACUUCAGACUCUGUGCCAGGGUUAUGUGGAGUUCAAUGAUGGGAUAGAAAUAAUCGGACAUUUAUACCUGAACAUUGAUAGUGGGUCUAGUUUUGACUACAUAGUGAAAGAAAAGGUUUGCAAAAAUGCUGAAAAUUCCACUAUAUUUGUGAGCAAAAGUUAUGCUGCUCAGACACCACCUGAUGAAGUGAUAACUCGGAGAGAUAAAGGUCAGUCAAUGGGCAAUGACCAAGGAGCAGACUUUGAGGAUGCAUCGAUGUCUCCUACCGCAGGCACAUCUCGGUUGCAAUCAGCUAUCACAAGCAUCAGCAAUGUUUUGUCUGGGGCCCAGGAUAAUCAGAAGUCUCGCCAUAUGUCCCUAGACCACUCCCACCUUCCAUCAGCACAUUCUAUUAAGAGAAAAAGAGAGCACAAUGGUAAUUAUAGCGGAAUGCAUCCUCCAUACAAGUACACCACUCUACAAUCUUCAUCAUCAUCUUCAGCCUAUUUCAACAGUGCACCAUCAAAACAAGCAGCAGACAGAAACCAUUCUGAACAAUUCAGCAGUUCAUCCCAUGCUGAGUUUUUCGGUGGUGACAGCAACCAAAGCUCAGAUCCUUCUUCUAGUCAGUCUAAUCUUCAUGACAAUUCUUCAGUGGGUGGAGGCUCAAUUGGUUAUCCAAAUUCUGAUGCUCCACCCCAGCAAUUUACUAGUGGAACAGCUGGAGAUCUAGGGGCUCUGAGUCAGUCUUUUCAAGAUCCUUCUCAACUGGACAUGGGUCAGCAUCAUAUUCAAGGACCACCAAAUCCACGAACCUUGCGGGCUCUGCAUGCAGACUCCGAGCACCUCGUCCGUACAUCCCCGGUCUCCUCCCCUGCUGACUUGAUACAGGAUGAUUUCGAAAUGUCGGCAGGGGUGUCUGCUGGUGCUAAGGAUGAUCCCUUUAUCCACACUGCCAGGCAGACAAAAUGGGCAGUCGCUCGAGCCAGAGAAUGGCUGACUAACCAUGGUAUGAGCCCAGAAUUUGAGAUAUUCACGGAGACACAGCUGAACCAGAUGAUGGCAGGCUUCUAUACAACUGGACAGAAAAAAGGUGGAGCUCCUUUUUCUGCCACAGCUCUGCUGGCAUUUCGAACAGCCGUGAACAGACACUUAAAUAAGUGUGGGCGUCAAAUCAGCCUUGCGACAUCACAUGCUUUUAAAGAAUCAAAUGCUGUCCUGGCCAGAAUUCAGUCAACGUCGGUCAGAAUAAGUAAGACUAUUUCUGUGGGUGACAUUAAAUUGUUGUACUCCAAUGGUACCUUGUCUAACUCAAACCCUCAGUCCUUGCUUCAUAAAGUUUGGUUCGAGCUUCAGAUUCAUUUUCGAGCUAAGAUUGACUGGAGUCAAGUGAGCGCUGAACAGUUCUUUUUUUCACAUGAUCCCUUGGGUCGUGUGGUAGUCACAUGGAACACACGAGGCUACGGCAACUGUAAUGAAGUGACUAUGAUAGAACCCAAUGGAGGCCCUUAUUGCCCUGUUCAGUCUCUUCGUCUCUACCUGCAACACCGUAACCGGAGCCACAAGGCCUUUCUGCAAGUACCUGUUGCUCGGCUGGACAGUCCGUCAUCUGCCUGGUAUCUGCCUGAAGAAGUCCGUGACCACAAGGAGAAGCAGAUGAUGAAAAAGAUCUCUGCCCUGGGCAAGCUGAGCCAGAUAUACACCAACGCCUGUGUGCUGGCCAGCUUUGAGGAGCACUUUCAAGCAAUCUCUAGCUUCAAGCCUGUGUGAUUUCUCUUUUCAGUGUUAGCUGAUGUCUCUGUGCCAAAAAGCCCAUAAUAAUGUGAUCCCAGAUGGAAGUAUAUGUUAAAAAUGUUUUAAUAUUUAAGACAAACUUGGAUUUCCCAUAGUACUGUGCUUGUACUUGUUUUUCUGUGUUGUCUGGAUAAACUUCAGAGGUAGUAGAUAAAGGUUUUUUUUCUCUCCACAAACUGCAACUGAGUUUACCUUCCUCAGUUUUUUUUUUUUAUUACUUUUGCUAAAGAUUUUGAAAGGAAAAAUUAUUUAUUGACUUUAUAUUGAUACAGUGAUGUCCUCUUAACAGCAACACAGACAAGAGCAACGUCCACCUCACAGCAACUUUAGCUUGUGUAUCGUAACUUAUCCUAUAUAAAAAAAUCCCGAUUUAAGAGCAACCUUUUCCUCUAACAGCAACCUUCUAUGCUUUAAGUUAACGAAAAUCAUUUAAUGAAGAUUCAAAAACUUUAAACAGCGACACUGGCCUAUAAUUUCAGUGCUCCUCAAAACAACUGGGCGGGCCAAAAUUUCAUGAUGCUGAGUACAGGAGUUAAGUUCAGUUCACGCCCUCUCACCAGGAGCUAAGAACAGGCACGAGCCAAGAAAAGUACCCGUUUCUCGCGAGAACGGCCCUUCCCGUCACUUCCCGGCCACUAAACUACUGGCCGGUUCCGAGAAGUCAUACCACUUAUUGGCUUGACAUAACGAGAAAAUGAGAGGUGCCGACAGAAAGAGAAAUGACACGCAGACAGUGUCACCCAUCACCGUGUCGUCGUGUGUCUGAAACUGAAAGGGAGGGGAGAGGGUGGCUUGGCGAGUUGAUCAGGGCUUAGGCCUAGGCCAAGGACCUUACUGUGUAACCUCCGUGGCCUAGGCCUAGGUCUCCCUACCUUUCUUCACCGCCUGCGCCACAUGGCUAGCCUAGUUUAGAUCCCAGCCACGGCCGGCUUUCUCGCUCAACGAGCUGCUCGUCCAACUGCGAGAGACGAGAAGCACUUCUUGGGACCGCCCGACGAGAAAUGGAUUAGCUUCCCGAUCUGCUCGCUCGCGAAGAAAAAAUACUAUAUGUUAUAUCGUGGGUUUGGGUUAUCAUAACUUUGAAGUUUAGAAGCCCUUUUCCCCCACCCAUGGAAGUUCAGGGAGCAGCAACGUCCGCCUAAUAGUAGGUACCACAAGCGAAAUUUUUUUGGAACAAUAUUGACGUUUAAACCUCAGGGGUUCAAAUCUACUCUAUGAAACAAGAACAUUAAAAAAAAGAAUUAUCAAAAUCCAUCAAUAAACAAUGGAGAUAUGGUAUUUCAAAGUUUUAUUUUUGAACGAAACCUUUUCAACUGCGACUUUCACCCAUGUUUGAGGUGUUCUAAAAUACAAAGUGCAUGAUGAAAUCAAUGAAAAGUUUGUUUUUCCCAGAGCUGUCAACACAAAUAUUGAUAUCUCUAAAUCAAAGCAUGUUAGAAUGACUGGCUUCCAAGAUAUAGGCCUUCAAAAAUUGGGGGAAAAUGCCAAAAUUUGUCAUUAAGAGCUCAGAACCCUAUUUUAACCUCUUCCAAAUUAGUCAAAACUGCCUCCUCAUUAGUGAAAAUCACACAAUCAUUACAAAUACAUGCAUAGACUUAGCUGAAUUUUUUUCAGACCUCUCUGACCAUAAGUAAAUUUUCUGGACUCCUCUGAAGUGGGCUUCGGUGCAAAAAACGCCUCUUGGAAAAAAAUUAGGGGAACUCUGGUACAUCCUCGGGCAAAAAGCAUCACAACAAGUGAACAAAUUAAGCUACAGGGCUAAAUCGUACAUCAAAUUAAAGCUCAAUGCAAGCUCUACGGGGCCAAAUGAAAAUUGUUUACUAAAACCUCUCAUAACACUCCAUAAUAGGGCCCUAAUGCCCAAAAACCUGCCAUUAUUGAGUGAAAAUUAUAAACGUCUGCCGACUGGAAAAAAAAAUCAUAUAAAAUCAACAAAUUGUGCUACAAGGCUGCAUUAUAUAUCAAACUAAAGCUCUUUUCAGGCUCUGUACAAUGGAUUAGUUUAUAGAAAGAAAAAAAA